AUGGAUCCACCAGAGCAGCAAGAGAAGCAGCAUGGAUCCGCCGAGCUGGAAGAGGACUUCACGGAGCUGGAAAAGAAGGUGAGUGGGGCAGUUCCUCCACAGUGCCACGACGGCUGGAUGCAGCGGCCGACCAUCUACGUGGUCCCCGGCGACCUAGCCGCGGGCAACACGGACCCCUAUGCCCCCGCCGCCGUCUGCAUCGGGCCCUUCUUCGGUCGGGCGAGGCGUGUGACGGAAGGCAUGGCGAAGCUGGAGCGCUACAAAUGGUGCUGCGUCCGCAAGCUCAUCGUGGGGCGACGCUGUGGACCUGGACCUGCUGGAACUGGAACCCGACGACAGCCACCAGAGCCAGCCGACUGGAAGCCGGAGGUGCACGCACCGCUGCUUCGCAGGUGCGUGGACGCGAUGACAAGCCUUCUGCCGAGCAUUCGUGCUUCCUACAGCAUCUCCUCCUCCAUGGACACCAUCGACGGCGGCGACGACAACGCCGUGCUAGAACUCAAGAUGUUGCUCGAACCCGAGGACGCUGACAUGGACAUGGGGUCAACUCUGGCUGAGAACAUGCUGCUGGACGGCUGCUUCAUCCUCCACCGCCUGCUCAAGAUGGCACGGAUAGCGAAGAGAGCACGGAAAGAAGGCGGCGGCAGCAGCGACGACGACGACGACUGGACCCAGGUGUACGGUAGGUGCGGGGUAUGGGGACUUGUCACGCGCGACCUGCUGCUGCUCAACAACCAGAUCCCCUUGUUUGUCGUCCGGGCUCUGCUGGAGCAGCUCAAAGGUUCAGUCGACGCCGACGAGGGCGACGAUGUCCUCGUGGACGGCGGCCUGCAGCUCUUCAGCUCGCUCCAUCCUCGGAGGCUGCAGCUGCACCAGCCAUCGGCGCUGGCAGUCCCCGUCUCGCUCGGCGACGCGCACCACCUCCUGCACCUCUUCUACAUGUCCAUCACCAACCUCCCUGUCCCGACGCAGUCAUCAGCCUCAGCGUCGAUGGACAAGAAGCUUCCACCGGAGCUCACGCAGUGGGUGCCUUGCGCCAAGGAGCUGGAGGACGCCGGCGUCAGAUUCCGGGCGAGGAAGGACGGCACCGCGACGAGCUUCCUGGACAUCAAGUUCUCCGCUGGUAGCGGCGUCCUGGAGAUCCCGCCGCUGCAGCUCUACGACUACAGCGAGCCCCUGUUCCGGAACCUGGUUGCGUUCGAGCAGACCUACCCGGGCACGCCGGGCGACGUCACCGCCUACGCUAUCUUCAUGGACUGCCUCGUCAAGACGUCCGACGACAUGCGACUCCUCCAUCGCCGUGGGAUACUGCUCAACCACAUGAACGGCGAUAGGGAGGCGGCCACGGAGUUCUUCAGCCGCAUCUGCGCCGGAGCGCUCGCCUCCGCCGACCGGAACUACCUCGCCCCACUCAUGGACGAGGUGGUCACGUACCAGAGAGGAAGCUGGCCCCAGUGGCGUGCCGUGCUGCUGCGGGACUACUUCGGAAGCCCGUGGGCGGUCAUCGCGGUCGUCGUGGCGGCGGUCGUGGUCGCGUUGACCAUGCUGCAAACCUUCUACGCUCUCUACGCCUACUACCAGCCACCCAAGCAGUCCUAG